AUGGACACCUCAUUUACUCCCCCAGCUCGCUCUCGUUCCCGGGGGAAGUCGAGGUCACGCGCCCGUGCACAGAUCGCCAACCGAAGGGACUAUGUGAUAGGCAUAUUCUUGCUGCUAUGUGUUGUCGUUCUUUGGACCACCUCAAACUUUGUGACACAGGACCUAUUCCAGGGAGGUUAUGAGAAGCCCUUCCUGGUCACAUACCUCAAUACCAGUGCGUUUGCACUCUACUUGCUUCCCUUUGUCAUUCGUCGGGCUUUCGACAAGAACCGGCAGAGUAGGACGGCAGCGUAUGCACCGCUUCCAACGCACGUCGAUGCUGCGGAGACAUUGGAGGUCUCGGAUACUCAAUACCUAGACCCGGGAGUCGGCGCUGGGGAGGACAAAUUCUCGCAACCGUUGACCAUCCAAGAGACCGCCCAACUUGCGGCUGUGUUCUGUCUACUAUGGUUCAUCGCAAAUUGGACCGUGAAUGCGUCGCUCGAUUACACUAGUGUCGCGAGCGCAACGAUCCUUUCCAGUAUGAGCGGCUUCUUCACUCUAGCUAUUGGGCGGGUUUUCAAAGUAGAGAGUCUGACACUAGUCAAGAUUGGCGCCGUGUUCACCAGCUUCAUUGGUGUUGUCUUGGUCUCGCUCUCGGAUUCCUCGCAGCCGCAGCCGUCAGGACCAUCUACGGGAUUGUUAGACCUGCCAACAAUGCCCAUCAUAGGCGAUGCACUUGCGCUCCUGUCGGCCCUCUUCUACGCGCUUUACGUGACGUUGCUGAAAGUGCGCAUUCGGUCCGAAUCACGUAUUGAUAUGCAGCUGUUCUUCGGCUUCGUCGGCCUAUUCAACAUCCUGACCUGUUGGCCAAUUGGUGUCGUCCUGCAUCUCACGGGCGUGGAGCCAUUUCAACUGCCGUCUACCAGCAAAGCGGUAGUGGCAUUGUUGGUCAACAUGGUUAUCACAUUGUCGUCUGACUACAUCUACGUGAUUGCGAUGCUCAAGACUACGCCACUAGUUGUCACCGUGGGGCUCAGCCUGACGAUGCCCCUGGCCGUCUUGGGAGACUGGCUCCUAAGUCGGCCCGCGAAGGCCAAGGUUAUCUUCGGCGCUGUCAUCGUCAUUUCUAGUUUCGUGGCUUUGGGUUUCGAGGACUCUCGCAAUGCAGAAGGGCACGAUCUCAUCUCCGGCGAUCGAAUAGAUCAGGAGGCCGGAAGCGGCGGUGUUCGCUUAGAGGAAGAAGUGUCCUUGUCGGAGUAG